GAGGUGCAACAUCACACCUCUUCAUCCUGGAUAUAUUGGGCUUCUGCCUCCAGCUCUUUAGCAUUCACUCAGGUACCAGAGAACGAGAAGGAAACAUCUCCUCAGCUGAAAGAUCACAACCAUGGAGUUUAACUUCUCUCCGUAUAUGCUCCAGGGAGCCGCAUGCCAGUUUGAAUACAAGCGAUCACCUACCAGCGUUGAUGCUGGGUACUUCAGUGCCUGUGGAAGUCUUUCUCCGAGCUCCUCCAUUGAUUCUGGGUGUUUUUCUCCUCCCGCGAGCCGUUGGGGAGCUGGAAGACAUCCGGAGGCUGCAGGGGAACCCAACAUCGACUGCAUACCAGCUUUGAAACCCAGAACCAUUCUUCCUGCUGAGGGAAAGAGACGUUCCAGGUCCAAAAACCCCGGAACGAAGCGUCAGACGGCCAGCGAAAGAGAGAAGCUCAGGAUGAGGGAUCUGACCAAAGCUCUCCAUCAUCUCCGAAACUACCUACCUCCUUCUGUGGCUCCUCCUGGACAAACCUUGACCAAGAUUGAGACCCUUCGCCUCACUAUUAGCUACAUCUCGUAUCUUUCUGCUCAGCUGGAACAGUCUGAGACCUCCAGUCAUGAAACAUCAUCAAGAUGCUUCUCUUCAGACAGGCUUCAGACUGAGACCUGGUGUCUGGAUGGGCCAGAGGAACUCAUGCAAGACAAUGUCCAGAACUGUCCAACAUUCACAGCCUUCAGUGAUUCAACACAACAGAUGGAAAACAACUUUCCUUCUACUUCAUAUAUGUUUCCCUGUGCAACAACACACGAUGCUACAUACAGCCAUCUGUUUUUUCAAUGAAGAACACGGAGAGGAGAUGUCAAAAACACGACAAGUGAAAACUUUAUCUAAAGACUUUAUUUGUUUGUUGCAUUGAUUAUUUGUACUUAUUUAUCAGAUAACAUAUUUUUGUAUUGAAUACAUUUGUAUAUAUUGCUUAUUUAUUGUAUUUUUUAAUGAAAU